AUGUCUAUAAUAUCAAAGUUGGGAAAAAAAAAUGUUAGUGAUUUAUUAGUUUCUCUAAUGAAAAUAGAAUCAACAACGGGAAAUGAGGGAACACUUUGUAAAGAGUUAAAACAAUAUAUGGAAGAUAAUAAUUGGGUUGUAUAUGAACAACCCAUGAAAAACAAUGAAAAAAGAAACAAUCUAUUGAUUACUAGAAAGGGUGUUAAUGUUAAAGAUAUUAAGAUACUUUUUAAUUCACAUCUUGAUACUGUUCCACCUUAUAUACCUCCAAGAGUUGAAAAUGGUAUUAUUUAUGGAAGAGGAGCAAAUGAUGCCAAAGGACAGGUUGCUGCUAUGAUUGUUGCUGGAGAAAAAUUAAUUGAAGAAAAUGAAAAUUUAGGGAAAAACAUAGGGUUUCUUUUUGUUGUUGGUGAAGAAACCGACCACAUCGGAAUGAUUACAGCUAAUGAAUUAAACCUUCAACCUGAUUAUAUGAUUAUAGGAGAACCAACAGAAAAUAUCUUUGGCAGUCUUCAAAAGGGGGCUGCUAAAUUGGAGAUUCACUGUACUGGAAUUCCUGCUCAUUCAGGAUAUCCAGAAAAAGGAAUUUCUGCAAUUGAAAAGUUGCUUGAUAUUUUGAAUGAUAUUAGAAAUUAUAAUUGGCCAAAAAAUGAAAUAGUUGGAAACACUACUUGUAAUAUUGGUUUCAUUAAAGGAGGCCAAGCUUUAAAUGCUUUAGCCGGAGAGGCAAGUGCACAACUAAUGUUUAGAAUAACAACUUCAGUAGAAGAUAUUACUAGUAAAUUAGCUUCAAUCGUUGGAGAAAAAGGUGAAAUAAAAGUUUUUGGAUCAAAUGAACCAGUUCAACUUUCAUCACCACCUCUAGGAUAUAAAAGUCAAAGUGUUUCAUUCAACACUGAUCUUCCUUAUUUUAAAAAUAAAGACAAACUUAAAGGUGUUUACCUUUAUGGUGGUGGUUCUAUAACAAAUGCUCAUUCUGAAAAUGAAUAUAUCAAGAUUGAUGAUCUUGAAGAGGCUGUGAAAACCUAUGUUACUUUAGCUAAAUAUUUCUUGAGCUCUUAA